AUGUCACUUCUUGAACAAAGCAGUAUCGUGGAUGCGAGAGUUUUUGAGAAGUAUGUAAUUCUUCUCCAUGGGGAUCUUGGGACAAUGGAGAAGAUUGAGGGCAUUUUGCACUCACGGAGAAUUGAAGAAAGCAUGUUGGAACGCAUGCAUUAUCUUCUGCCUAUACCAGGGCUCUUUCACGUUAGAAUGGCAUGCGUUGAUGCAAUAAACAGGAUCCAUGCAACUGGGAAUGACUUACGAAGCGACCCAAACGGAUUCUACAAGCGCCUCUGUUUGCUCUUUCCAAAUGACCUUUCCAAAUUGAACAAAGCAGUCCCUCCUUUUUGGAUGAUGAAUGACGGAAUAAACUACAUCACCCGAUGUAUUAUUCUUGAUGCAUGGGAGGAGAGUGUGGGCAGUGACCUCCAGAAAUUCAUUUCUUCCAAACCUACUUUGGAAGAGAUUAACCGGAAAGCUGAGGAAAUCACGAGGGCGCAUUUUGAAACGAAACAAGAUGCAAUGAAUCAGUGGCCACAAGAGGAACAAGAUCAAAGGAGAAUGAACCAACUUUUGUUCAACAGAGAUGCGAUGUAUUACCGCGUCCUUGUGCAUGCGAUGAACUAUGGGAUGGUUGAUGUGAUAAUCGACGUCCUUUCAUUCUGGGUUCCGAUCUUCCAGGCCUGCCGAAAACACAAGUACGCAACAUACCUUUCAAAUUUCAUCUUCAAGUUGCAACGGUACCCACUACCACUUCAAGAAGCCAUCAUGAGGUGCUGGCUCUGUAAUCCGUCAGGGAAUAAUGGUGGAUUUCGGGCAAUCGACUGGCUGGUUGAGUUGAUGAACCUCUACACGAAGGUUAUUUACUCGGGGGGAGGAUCUGGGAAAACAAUAGAGUAUAUUGUCAGUCAGUUAUCGAUAAUUCAGGCCUAUAGAACGUGCAUUGAAGACGUCAAGGAUGAUUACCACAUACCAGACAAGACCCUUCAUCAUGCAAGCCCUGACAUCGAAUCUAGAUUACUUGCUAUAAGGAAUGAACUUCGUAACCUUCGACCUCACAAGUAUGAAAGGGGUCGCACUGUGCCUACUGUGAUCGAUGAUCAUUUUCGGAAGGGCCUGGAGCUGUUCCAACAUGGCACCAUGUGGACAUCAACCAAUAUAAGUCAAUCAUCAUCAACUGAUGACACUUACGACAUUGAGGUGGCUGACUUGGGUGCCUAA